GAGUGGGUUGGGCUGAAUGGUAGAAUCUUCCGCUAUGAAAACACAAUCGGAAUUGACGACAGGACGUUAGGAUGCGUUUGUUUUUCUACUCAUCAAACAGGCCAACAGGUGCGUCGUUAGAGUCUGGCGCGGACAUGCUGGUGACAGGUAUGCUAUCCCUGCUCCUGCUCGCGCACCAGUGUGUGUCCGCGCCACAGGUGCCCGAGGACCAAAGAGUACAGUCAGUAGGAGCCCUUCCCCCUUUCACACUAGCCAAUCCCUUCGGCUCUGGAGAGGAGGACCGCAGGCUGCUGCAGAGCUACAUCAAGGCCAACGUAAAGGAGGGACAUGGAGGACCAGAUAACACCUGGGAACAAGAGGUGUUCUUCCUGUUCAGUCUCCAUGACUACGACCGCAGCGGUCACAUGGACGGCCUGGAGAUAAUGAAGCUGCUCUCUGAAUACAACUCCCACAAUGCACCUGGAGAACAGUCAGCUGAGACGGUGGUGGCCAUUGUAGACUUUCUCCUGCAGACUCAGGAUCUAAACCAGGACGGUCUAAUAGCUCCCCCUGAGCUUCUCUCUUCUCCCAAACUACAACAGCCAGACGCUAACUCCCAGGGUGCACCUGAACAGGAAAGGGGUGUAGAUGUGAAAGAGGGAGUCAACGUUGAGGAACCAAAACAAGAGGCAGAGCAGGAAGAGGAAGCAGAGGAACGGCUCAUUGAGGAAGACUCAAGGCCAGGAGAUGGACAGUAAAUUAAGACAUGAACAUUCUAUACAGGAAAAGGACCACAUAUCCCAUAGGCCACUGCUGCUGAUCAUGAGCAACAAAGGCCUGCUCCUGGACUACAUCAGAGGCAACCUGAGAUGUAAACACAAUUAUAAUACGCAAACAGCACUCCAGCACAACUUUAAUACUUCCAUCCCAGAGAGUUGGGUCAGCCAAUAGCAGGAGCCUGUUCACUGACAUGCAGAGUUACCCAAUCACAGCCUGUCAUCCCUUUUGAGGGUCUUGUUUCAGUUCACAGCUGAUGGAUUGUCUGCUUUUUUGGUACAAAGUCAAGGUGUUUAAGCUGCUGUUACAUUUCAACAUUGCUCUUCUGAACAAGAAACUCAGGUUUGAAUAUGUUCUGUGCCAAAAGAUACACUGCUAAAUAGCAGCUUGGCCAUUUGUCACACUAAGUAGUUACCCUGUUAAAGCAAUCCAAAUUAAGCCACAUAUUAGAAUGAACCAUUUGAAAAGUUCAGGAAUACGUCAAGUGCAAUUCCUUUCAACAAUACUUGGGAGUAGAAGUAUUCCCCUUCCCAGAAUACAUUGCAGUUCAUCCCCCCAUGGAUGCAAAAGGAAUGGACAGAGUUAAGAAAUGUGGAAAAUCCCUGAAGCUCAUGAUUUGGGCUCCUCAUUAGUGCAUUUGAGGGACAUUGUUUUGAUAGAGGAAUUCUAAAUUCCUGUAUGUUUUAUUGCCAAAACCAAUUCGCACUCAUUUCUAAUUCAUUAAUGAGUUGUAAAUUCAUUAAUUAUGCAUGAAGUAGAUUGAGACCAGUCUUAAAAGGUAAACAGCGUUUAUUACGAGAGUACUAAAUGCAUACACACAUUUCCACAGGUUAUAAACUGGAAAUGACAUCAGUUUCCCACCCUCUCCGAUUCUCACAAGAGCCCAUUGUUUUUAGGUCUGGAACUUUUCUUCUACCCCCCCAUAAACAUUCCAAACUGUCUAAAAGAUACUUUUCUCCACUAAUGGAACACCACCCAAACCUUUCUUAUCUGUCUGAAAAGCUAUAGCAUCCCUCUCCCUUAAACCACCCAAGAGGCACAGACAAUUAAUUCGUUCUGCUUACAUUUUCAGUAACAGCCUAGAACCAAGAACCCAUACUUUUCAUACCAUAAAAUGUUCUAAUCAAUAAUGUAUACAUUAAUCAUCAGGUUUUUACUGGUAGCUCAGGUCAAAAACCCUGGUCCCUUUAUGCCACCUGCAAACUAAAACUUGAGUUGUACAAAGACUUUGGCUUCUCUGCACAGCCCCAAUGCAGAGUUGCCCCCCUUCUCCCAGAGUUCCUUUCAAAUCCAUGAAGGGAAUGAACAAACACACGUUGGGGGAGAAGGGUCAUCUGCAAUUUAGGCUAGGAUCUUUUGAUUUCAUGUAAUUAAAAAAAAAUGUUUUUGGAAUUUAAGAAACAAAUUAAUAUUUGGUUUGCUGUACGUUUUCCUGAAUUGAAGGUUUGUAUAUUUUAAGACUAAACAAAAUAAAGCUAAAACGAAUGCUAA